UGAAACUAGUGCGAAGUGAGGUCUUUACAUCACGAGUUUCACCAUUCCUUAACGCACGGCGCUAUGAUCGAAAUUCCUCGAAUCUUACACUCCAUGAAUGAUCCCAUGUAUAAAAUCCUGGUAUCACCAUGAAACAUGAUGAAACAGUAAUUAAUGUUGGUGAUAAACAGUUAAGCUUGAGUUAAAACUGUAUCUUAUUUUUUGAAAGAUCCUGCACGUAUUAACAAGUUCCAAUUGACCGCGAAAACGACGUAUCAAAGUAUCAUUCGUAUACUUGGCCAUGCAUCUAUGGAACAUUUUUCCAAGGUAAAAUCGAACGAUAUUUAGAUCUGUCUCGAGCUAAAUUAUCAAGCGUCCACCAGCUUCGUUAGGAACACAUUGCAUGUGACUAUACGAAGUUAAAUGCAGCAUUUCAGUGAUCACGUUCACAGCGUCUUGUGAGUGUCACAAUGUCUCUGUACGACGAUUUUGAUAAACACAGGACUUCUGAAAAAGUAGCUGGAUGGUCCUCGAGCAUCAAGUUGCUUCAGUCUCAGUUACAAUUAAAGAAAGCUGCUACUACCCAGCCGAAACGUGAACAGUACAGAAAAGCUACAGCUGUAUUAGCGCCUGUGAUAGACUUGAAGUCAAAAGCGAAUCGAAAUGUGGACAGAGAGGACGAUGGACCACACAACAAUCCGCUGUCCACUGGUACUGUCAGCAGUAUCGGUGUCGGCGGUGAGUUCGACUGGAACGUGAUAAACGAGUAUGAUCCAAUGUGGCCUAACGAAUACGACAAAGUCGUUAAAGAAUUAAGAGAUUUGCGCGACAGAGAACAUGACCAAGAGACUGAGAUGCGCAAACGAAGACGCGAUAGUUCGCGUUUCGAAGAUACACAGUCUUCCUCUGGAAACAGUACAAUGAUUCCUCCUGAAAGGGACGAAGAAAGAACUUCUGUAUCCAGAGGUAUAGCCGGUGGAGCAGCCAUAGCUCCUCCACCUUCCUUGCAGGAAUCCUCGGACCUACCGCCUCCUGCGCCAAGGGCUCCACCGACCAGCAUGGGAUAUGCUACGUCGUCCGUGGCAGCAAAGAUAAUGGCCAAAUAUGGUUUUAAGGAGGGGCAAGGGCUCGGUAAAAAGGAACAGGGAAUGUCUGUAGCUUUGCAAGUAGAAAAGACUAGUAAACGAGGUGGUCGAAUCGUCGGUGAAAGGGAGCAGCUCAUGCCGCCUCCCCCGCCUGUUGCUGUUUCACCACCUCCGGCGCAACAGCAAGCUGCUCCUUCUCAACCUUCGGAAGAGCCGAGUAUCACGGAGAUAAUGAAAUGCCCGAGCAAGGUCGUAUUAUUGCGUAACAUGGUUGGUCCUGGCGAAGUCGACGACGAUCUCGAGCCUGAGGUGAAAGACGAGUGUAACACGAAAUAUGGCGACGUGGCGCGUGUUAUUAUUCACGAGGUGACGGAAGUCGCGCCGGAAGAAGCGGUCCGGAUCUUCGUCGAGUUUAAGAGAAUAGAAAGUGCUAUAAAAGCGGUGGUCGAUUUGAACGGACGAUUUUUCGGUGGAAGACAAGUCAAGGCCGGUUUUUACUCCAGUGAGAAACUUGACAAUUUGCAGUUGAUGGACUGACUUAACAAUUUUAAUCAAUAAAUAAGAUUCAACA